AUGGGCUCGGUCACUCCUUCGUACAAUAUCCCCACUCACUGUAAAGCUGGCGUGAUCGAGAAUGCGGGACCCGACUUUAGGGUCAGGGUGGAGACGGUUCCAGUACCUCAACCUGGUCCAAACGACAUUCUCAUCAAGCUCAACGUCACCGGGCUUUGCCAGUCCGAUGUCCACUAUAUGCUUGAUGACCUUGGCAUUUCCAUGUCAACCUUCGGAGUGCGGUCGCCGGGGCACGAGGGUGCCGGCGUCGUAGUUAAAAUCGGAGAGAAUGUCAAAAAUUGGAAGCUGGGCGACCGUGCAGGUAUCAAGCCGAUGAUGGAUACUUGCGGAACAUGCGCGCAUUGCUUGAGCGACAAGGAGACUUAUUGUAGCAGUGCAAUUCACACUGGUCUGAUGGUUCCAGGAACCUACCAGCAAUACAUUGUGUCUCCCGCCCGGUAUGCAUCACCCAUCCCAGACGGGAUUCCGGAUGAGAUCGCCGCCCCUGUGAUGUGCAGUGCCUCCACUAUAUAUCGAUCUCUUACCGAGUCUCGUCUCCAGCCAGGUGACUGGGCAGUGUUUCCCGGUGGAGGCGGUGGUGUAGGUAUUCAAGGAGUCCAGCUCGCCUACGCCAUGGGUAUGCGGCCUAUUGUCGUAGACACUGGCGACGAUAAACGCGCCUUGGCGCUGAAGAUGGGCGCUGAGGCGUUUGUUGAUUUCAAGAAAGAGGCCGAUACUGCUGCGGCAGUCAUCAAGAUAGCAGACGGAAUUGGUGGUCACGGAGUCUUUGUCACAGCGCAGGCGGCGUAUCCCACUGCUCUAGCCUACCUUGGGCAACGGGUUGGAGGCGCGGUGAUGUGCAUUGGAAUCGCGCCUGCGGGGACAAUGACGAUCCCAGUCGAUCCCAACCUUCUGCUCUUCAGAAACACGCGCAUUCAGGGUACUCUGGUAGGAAGCCGACAUGAUACGGCACGGGCGCUGGAUUUCGCACGGAGGGGCAAGCUUCAGCAGAUUUGCGAGGUGUAUCCGAUCGAUCGGCUGCCGGAGGCUGUGGACAAGUUGAGGAGGGGACAAGUGGCUGGUCGCAUAGUUGUCUCUUUCAAUCAGUGA